AUGCACAUCAUUUCGCCAACCCUAAAGGAGAGUUUUCGGCUGUUAUUGACAGUAUAUGAAAAGAUUCACGUACGUUGUAGNNNNUCCGAAAUGCAGCGAAUGAGCUCUCACAUGGGUGUAUCUAUCAUAAACGAGAACGAUUGUAUAUGCGUGGAUGAGCUCCGAUUUGGCGACAACGACACACUAUCUGCAUUAGUUGCAGUGAGUUGCAAUGCGGAUAAGCUGUUCCUCCUCACUGACGUCGAUUGCCUGUACGAUAAGAAUCCACACGAGUCCCCGAUGCCAAACCCAUAA